CGGAGCUCACGAGGGGAGGCAAUUGGUUCCGUGCAAGAGCCCACCUAGGGGAGCGAGCUGGCAAGCGUGUGAGUCCGCACCCCGCAGCCCCCAGUCAGAAUCCAGGAAGCAUCCACCAGGAAGCUCAAGGGGCCUGCAGCGGAGCGAGGGGCCCACCGGGCGUUGGCACAGGCAGGCGCGCCUGCGUCUCUGUCUCGAAAGCGGGGAGGACGCCUCAGUGUCGCGACCUGAGCCAUUCAACAGCUGGCCUCGCCCUCAGCAGUCGCAGACAGCGACCAGGAGCGUUGAUGGUUGACACUGCGGCGCCUGGAGGGAGGUGGCUGCAGGAGCAGUGGCGGUUCCGCUAUUCCAGUGGAGCCAAGCGCGGAGGUACAGUGGCUGCCGAGGCGCCCGUGGCCCUGCCUUAGGAUGCCACAGCACAGUGAGUGCUCACCAUGAAGACUUCCCAGGAAUCGUGGCCUUUGUGAUAUUCCCUUCUUUGGCACAUUUCCCACAUAAGGUGGCGACUGGUAGUCUGGAAUUUGGCUGGUAAUUUUCAGCCUGAAGCUAGAAGCUGCAAAACCCUGCCAAUGUCCUGAUAAGCAUUUCCCAUGAAUGAUACUCUGAUCGUUCAAGGAGUGAAGCAAGAGCCUGGCAGAUACUCAGCCACAUUCCUUUAAAUCCCUGAUGGCCUGUUUCAUGUGAGAGAAAGCAGUGGUGUGACGACACCAUGACAGUCACAGUGGUUUAUGAUAACUCUGAGGCAACAGAGCUCUGUGCUGCUCAGCACCUCUACCUCAAGCCUAUAGCAAAAUUAAUGAUCAACGUAUUGCUCCCAGAGUGUAUAGAACCCGUGAGGCCCUUCUCUAACUGGGAAGUUCUUGACCAACUGAAAAGUCUCAUUUGCCCUGACCAGUUCACCACAGUGAGACUCUCCAAGAGUACAAAAGACUUCAUCCGAUUUGAGGGUGAGGCUGAAACCCGAAGUUUGGUUCAGAUUCUGAAAGCGAAGUUACAUGGGAAGAUCAUCAAACUAAAUGGUUUGAAAACUGACUUAAAAGUAGUGGCUACAGAUGCCCAGGGAGAGUGGGAACACUUCCCCAAAGAGAAAGAGGCCUCAGUGACUGCGGGAGCUGAAGAACAAGACCAUGAUAAGAGCCCAGAUUCCAUCUAUUUUGAAGGCUUGCCCUGUAAAUGGUUUGCUCCUAAAGGUUCCAGUGGAGAGAAGCCCUGUGAAGAGAUCCUUCGAGUAGUCUUUGAGAGUUUUGGGAAGAUCAAGAAUGUGGAUAUCCCCAUGCUUGACCCCUACAGAGAAGUGAUGACAGGUGGGAGCUUUGGGGGUUUCAACUUUGGCUUGCAAACAUUUGAAGCCUUUAUCCAAUAUCAGGAGUCAACUGACUUUAUAAAAGCCAUGGAAUCCCUUCGAGGAAUGAAGCUCAUGCUUAAAGGAGAUGAUGGCAAGGCUCUGGCUUGUAACAUUAAGGUUAUGUUUGAUACAAGCCAGCAUUUCAGUGAAGGAGCUAUACAGAGGAGGAAUCAGGAAAGGCUAAAAUUACAAGAGCUGGAGGAAGAGAGGAAAAAGGAAAAGAAGAGAGAAGAGGAAGUAGCUGAAAGAAAAAGAAAAGAUGAAGUAAGAAAAGCCCAAGAGAAGAGAAAGAAGGCCAGGGACAGGAGGAGAGCUCUGAAGGAAAGAGACAGACACCGACAAAGAAAGGAGAAAGUGAAAGCCAAGACUGAGGCUACUCAGGAGCUGGACUCUACGGAGGAGUGGGGAGAGAGGAAGUGCCUGCUGGCUCAGAGGCGGGUUGAAGCCCUUCGUUUGCUCCGGGUCCUCCUGAAGAAAAUUGCAGGAUCCACACAGUGUAACCCACAGGAGGCUGAUGCUAUGAAGCCUGAAGCUCAUCAUGUCCCAGGGGCUGCAUUGAAACCUCCAGAGGAAGAAGAAUUAAACACACUGCAACUUGUAGAUCAGGAAGAAAUGCCAAGUAAUCAGGCUCCCAAGUCUGACGGUAAACAAAAACAAAAAGCAAAGAAAAGAACUAAGACCCACUUACAGAAGUCUUCACACAGCCCUGGGGUGAAACAAGUAAGAUACUCAGCUAGAAAAGAGGAAACUGGAAAAGUGUUAACUGAUGGGUGCGAUUACAGUUUGGUCUCUGACCAGAAUUCCUUGCAGAGUACAAUGAAUCCAGACCAGUCCAUUGAAAAAGAAGACCACGGAAGUUGUAACAAAUCACAUUCUUCUAGACAAGUUGUGCUAAACCAUGGUAGGAAACAGAAGAUCUAUGAAACAGAUGAAUUUAUUGACUAUCUAUUAAACUAUUAUCAGACUCCAGAAUAUGCCCGAUUCUGCCUGGAAGCGAGUCACCUAACAAGCGCAAGUCAGUGGCAGAGAGAUGUCUACGCCAAGGGGGAUGGAUUUCAGGUCAAUCUGAGAAAGCACAGGUGCCACUCAACCAGUCUGAGUGAAGUUGAGAGCCUGGAGGGGAAAGAACAGGAUCACGAGCAGGACUGGCCAAAGGUGUAUAUGAAGGCUCCUGAGAGCAAGUCAGAAAAGACAGAGAAGGUCAAUUAUGCCAAAGAAUUUACUAAGAAAUCUAAAAACCGUUGCAAGGACAUAGCAUGUGAAACUGAAGAUCACCUGUCCCCAACUGAUGGUGAAAGCUACCCAGUGGAAAAGAUUCAUAGACGAGUCAAAGAUUCUCAAAACACAAGAAAAAGUCCAGGUUCCUCAUCCCUAAGGUCAGUAGAUGUAGGUUUGCCAUUGGCAGACUUCUUGGAGGAAAUUAGUAGUGAUUCUGAGUGCUUCAGUGAAACUCUUACCAUAAAUGAAGAGGAGGAAGAAAGGUCUGUGGCUGUCUAUAAUAGCUCCCCUGAAAGAAGACCUCUUGGCACUGACAAAAUCAUUACUUGCAAACAGAAAACUAGAUCAAGUCAGCAGACCUUGUAUUCAGAGUGGAAACAUGACACUGAGGAAAAAUACUCUAAACACAAGGUUAGGGCACCAGGUAAAAGGUCCAAGUAUGAACUGAGAUAUUCGUGGCUUGAGGAUGAAUGUGAUUCCGUUCAAGUUGACAAGAACAUAAGCAAAACUAGAGAAAAAAUAGCUCCCAAGUACAUGCUUGAUGAAGGCUACUACCAUGAAUCCAGUUCCAGUGAUGAAUUAGAAAGCAUCACAAGAAAGAGGAGGAGACUUACUGGCAGUAUGUUUGGCCAGAAUGUGAACUAUAGACCCAUUCAUAUGCCAUUAAUGCCACCAAAACGUGCUAGAGCUUUCUAUUUGGGAUAUUUCUCCAGAAAAAGACAGAAUCCUUGGAAGGCAGAAUAUAACCAGGAUGUAAGAAGGUUUAAAAGAUAUGAAAGUUCUGAAGAUUAUAUGCUUGACUCUGGUAAUUAUUAUGUUAGUCGUGACAACCAGGAGCACAUUGAGUAUGGAAGCUACUUAGGAGACAGCUACUCUGGCUCUUUGUAUUUUAAAAUGUUCUGAUGGCCACUUUGAACAGGAACACCUUUAUUUACAGGAAACAACUGAUGAAAAGAAAAACUUCAAACCAAAUAUAGUUAUGUUGUUAGCAACCACAGAGCAAGAACUAGAAGAGGGUCAAGUGCAAAAUCUUGUUCCUCUUGCCAAAGUUUCAAGUGUGGGUCAAAAUGACUGCAGGCAUGUCAGCAAGGAAAUAGAAAACCUGUAGGUUCUGAAGCUUGGGGAAACAAUGUAAUUGCAAAACUUCAUGGUCCAAGGACAGAUUUUAUUUUAAGCUUUAAUUUGGUGCCAGUAAAGGAAGCAGACUAGCAUUAAGAAGGCUGACUUAUCCUUCUAUGGCUCUUUUGCUGUCACAACAUCUUGCAUCAUCUGUCUUCAAAGAGAAUAAUAGUGGACAAAAAGGCAUCUUUUGCUGUGUUCUUAGAUUUGGUCAGAAGCACUAUGUAUGGUAACAAACUUUCCUGAAUUUUACUUCAUAAUAAUUUUAGAUAAAGGAGAGAUCCAGAGGCUAGAAUCAAUGAUAGAUUUCAUGGCUUUAGAAUUUCAUGAAUACCCACCAGAAAGAAAUGAAUAUAUUCCCAGUACUCAAAGAAGAAUCUAAAAGGGGCCGAUUGCCCUUUGAUAGAUAGAUGGGACCAUUAGAAUUUUUCUUGCUUGUUUUAUGAAUCCCAUCACUUUCCAAAUAAAAAUAAAGCACCCGGAUUGAAUUUAUAAAAUCAGGGGGAUUUGCAAAAGGAAAUACCAACAAAUCCUGGAGUAUCAAUAAUGGCACUUGGGAAGAAAAGUUGUGACAGUAUUCUAUUUCAGGCUAUGUAAUCCUUUCACUCAGGGUUGGGUGACAUCAGUUUGUAAAAAGUCACUGAAUAUCCCCCAAACUGACUUUUAUAAAACAGUAGCAAGUGCCUCCUCUGCCCUUAACAAUGCCAUGGAGUUAGGAAGAAUUAAAAGAAAAGUCCAUAGUUUUCUAGCUGUGGAAAAAUUGUAUCUGUGCAGAAUUUGUAAACAAUGUUAAAUAAGCAGUUUAUCUUUUUGCCGACUCAUUUUGGACUUCUUAAAUAUGUUUUUAAAUUGAGAUAUUUGUAGAUUUCUGAAGACUUACCCCUUAACACAGUGCAUGUUCUGUAGAAAGUGUGGCCGACUCUUUCUGCCUUACAUUGGAUUCAGGACCUCAGGGCAGUUAGUUGACCUUCUUUUUCCCAACAAAGCUAUACCUGACCUGGCAAUUGGUGAUGAGUGAAAUUCGAGACUGCCUGCAACAGGAAUACUUGUUUGGAAUCCACAGUAUCAGCGAAGGGCAGCAAUUUCAUUUCAGUCUUAACUGGACAUUCUUCAGGAAAGCAUCUGUUGGUAGGGGCAUCUAGGAUGCCAUUCGGUGGGGUUACUUACUAUCGGGUCUCACGUUGUGUGCCCAUAAACUGCUUCUUGAGCAACCUGGUGUCUGAAGUGCUUACAAAAUCUUAUGAUUUACCUGAAAUAAAAGCCACAGGUUGUUUUAUUGGUCUGCAUAUUCCUAUUUGGAGAGAGGUAUGAUCAACCAUGUAAAAGUUCAGAAAGGAAUAUAACAGAUUCACAUGUGUUACUAAUGUUAAGUGAAUAGUGUGCUGCCUCUCGUGUUCAUUCAAUCCCACUUUCAAGCGGUUUCACUAGUAAAGCUAGGUUUGACUUGCCCAAUCCAAAAGAUUGCUCACGGGUUGAGAGUGCCUUUUUUGUUUCGUUUUUUGAGAACUAGCAAUGACUAUUCAUGUUCAAAGUACUGUUGCCCAAAGUAGCCUUCGAAAUGUUUUCUGGCAACAUAUUCUUCUCCUCCAAUAAAAAUCUGCGCCCUCUCCCUUUUUUUUUUUUUUUUUUUUUUUUUUUUUGGUUUUUCGAGACAGGGUUUCUCUGUAUUGUUUUGGAGGCUGUCGGUCCAGCUUGGCCUCGGACUCACAGAGAUCCACCUGCCUCUGCCUCCCAAGUGCUGGGAUUAAAGGCAUGCGCCACCACUGCCCGGCUGCCCUCCCCGUUUUAUUCCAUUGAAACAAACAAACAAACAAAAACAUUAUGGGUUUGUAAUAGAAAGCAACUGAUUGUUUUCAAACAAACAAGACCCACUCAAUUUCUUCCCUCAUUUGUGAAUUUUUCAUGAGGGAUUUUAGGCAGUUUUGCUCACUAAGAAUUAAAAAUCAAACUGCAGAGUUCAGCAGCAUGUGCAAGUGUUUUCUUUAUUAGAUGUGGUGCUAAAUCAUUUUGAUGCAGCACUUUUGUCCCAUUUCAUUUGUUUGCUGAAUGCUCUCCUGGGGUCUACAAGUAAAAAUCCCGCUUUUGCUGAACCCUGGAGUUUUGUAUAUGUCUGUGGUAAUGCAUUGUAGAUUUGUGUCAACCCCUUUUUUGGUGUAGGCCUUACGGGAGAAACAUAAUAGCUUACUUUGUGCUUGUCACUCGGUGGCUUAGUAAAGAAUGUAAUGGAACUAACUGUUACGACUACUUUAUCUCUCGAUAUUAUUUAAGUUGUGAAAAGUAUUUUCUCGUAUCUUCUUUUUGUCUUAUCAAACAAGGGCCUGAGUUGUUUUUAUUAAAUAGGGGUUUCGUAUGCUUUCCUUGUAUGUGCUGCUAAUCCUGUAAGGAGAUGUCUGUAAAUGUGCUUUGUUCAUUUGUUUGAAUUUCUCAGGUAGAAAGCCAUGUAACCUAGGUAAUUUGAAAACACAACCAAAUCAAUGUGUUUUUGUUGCAAAACUGUUUGAACGUGUUGUUUUUAAUAACAGUGAUUGAUUCCACUUUGGGGGAAGUUUCUAUCUGUAGUAUGAUAUGUUGCACUAAUGUUGCUCUUUUUGCUUAUUUGCAUUGUUAGAGAAAUGAUGCGUAUUUUAAUUUUCAUAUAUUUAAAAAUAAAAUUGUCAAUAGUAACAA